AUGCAGUCCUGGAUCGCAACUCCAAAACUGGUGCCACCUACUUUCAGGAUCAAUCUUCUAUCAUCAAUUAAUGUGAUCUACAUCAUCUCAACACUUUGUCAAGUUUUGAGUAUCAUUAAUUACCACUGCUCGUCCAAGGCUCAGACGGACAGGGACACUGGUGAGGAGAAGCCGCCUGCUGAGAAAGAGCUGGCGAGUGAAGACAUUAAGAAGCCACCCCAGCCUCAAGAGGGGACGAAGUCUAGCCAGAGAGACCCGACACUGUAUCUGUUUGGGAGAACUGGCCGGGAAAAAGAGGAAUGGUUUAGGAGGUUCGUCCUGGCGUCCAAACUGAAGUCAGACCUCAAGAAGCUGCCUGGGGUUUCUGGAAGUAAAUCAGGGCUUUUGCCCACCCACAGCAGACACGGCAGCCCCUCGGGGCACCUGACCCAUAGCCGAAGCAGCAGCAAAGGCAGCGUGGAGGAGAUGAUGUCCCAGCCCAAGCAGAAGGAGCUGGUGGGCAGCGUGCGGCAGAAGGUGCUCCUGGACUACAGCGUGUACAUGGGCAGGUGUGUGCCCCAGGAUGAGCGAAGCCCCCACAGGAGCCCUGUGCAGAGUGCGGAGAGCAGCCCCACAGCUGGGAAGAAGUUGCCGGAGGCCCCACCCUCUGAGGAGGAAGAGCAAGAAGCCUGGGUGAAUGCCUUGCUUGGAAGAAUAUUUUGGGACUUCUUAGGCGAGAAAUACUGGUCUGAUCUGGUGUCAAAGAAAAUCCAGAUGAAACUCAGCAAAAUUAAGCUCCCCUACUUUAUGAAUGAGCUAACACUGACAGAACUUGACAUGGGUGUGGCUGUGCCAAAAAUCCUUCAGGCCUUCAAGCCUUAUGUUGAUCACCAAGGACUCUGGAUCGAUUUCGAAAUGUCUUACAACGGGUCCUUUCUGAUGACUCUCGAGACCAAAAUGAACUUGACCAAACUAGGUAAAGAGCCUCUUGUUGAAGCCCUGAAGGUUGGAGAAAUUGGCAAAGAAGGUUGCAGGCCCAGGGUGUACUGUCUGGCCGACAGUGAUGAAGAAUCCUCCAGUGCCGGCUCCUCUGAGGAAGAUGAUGCACCAGAGCCCAGUGCUGGAGACAAACAGCUGCUCCCUGGGGCUGAAGGGUAUGUUGGAGGUCAUCGAACAAGUAAAAUUAUGAGGUUUGUUGAUAAAAUUACCAAGUCAAAAUAUUUCCAAAAAGCAACGGAGACAGAGUUCAUCAAAAAGAAGAUUGAAGAAGUCUCUAAUACACCCCUGCUGCUAACCGUGGAAGUGCAAGAAUGUCGAGGGACCUUGGCGGUCAACAUUCCACCACCCCCGACGGACCGCAUAUGGUAUGGUUUCCGGAAGCCACCGUACGUGGAGCUGAAAGCUCGGCCAAAGCUUGGAGAGAGAGAAGUGACUUUGGUUCAUGUGACGGAGUGGAUAGAGAAGAAACUGGAGCAAGAGUUUCAGAAAGUUUUUGUCAUGCCAAACAUGGAUGAUGUUUAUAUCCCUAUAAUGCACUCGGCCAUGGACCCUCGCUCCACUUCCUGCCUCCUGAAAGACCCCCCUGUGGAGGCCUCUGACCAGCUGUGAUGGGUGAAAAAUGGGACAUUCCCAGUAUGAGACCUAGCUUGAGGUGUGGGGUUUGUGGCUGCCAUCUGUGCUGUGGGGCUGGCCUUUACUGGUCCACAGCCACUGUCUCUUAAAGGACUGCUUCUGCCCUCUGCCUGCGGUGCCCAUUCCACUGUGAGGUGGCGUUCCCUGCACCCAGUGACUGGUGUCUGGUUGUCUGUUGCAAAGCUUGGACUGGCAAAGGAGACUGGAAGAACCAUCGUGGCGGAGCCAGAAGUUACAGCUGACUAACACCGUGGCUUGCUUUUUUUUUUUUUUUUUUUUUCUUUUUGAAGUCUACCAGGUUUUGUGGCAGCAAGAGUACAUUUGGAUCAAGCUGUACAACUGGAAGCCUCCCCCUUGCCUCUUGAUUCCUCCAAAGCUUUUCCUCAGGCAGCUGGUGCACAAUGGAACACUUUUCCACUCUACACUUUGUACCAUGAUUGCAGCCCUCCACACUUGAAGAAUGUCACUGUGGUAACCUGUGUGGAGUGUGGUUUUGUGAGCCAUUUCAUUGGUGGUAAAGAUAGGCAUAGCAACUCUUUUUCAUAUUAAAUUGUGCAUUUUUGGAAGCAAGUAGCCAUAGGACACACACCCACAAACACACUUUCAGCUGGGGCGGGGACAGAGGGUUUCAUGUGAACAUCAGGCAAAGCCAUGAGAUCAAACCAUCCCAAAUGAGGUA